UUGGAUGUCCCGAGCAGGGAAGGGGAUGUAGGGGCGUAAAGAUACGCCUAUGUAGCCUAUAACGUCACACGCCGCGUUGGCUACUGGCAGUGCAGGGAUAGCUUUGUGCCCACUCUUUCCCUACCCAGUUCAUACCUAAAAAGUUGUAGGAAACUGUACGAAUUUCAGCGUACCUGAGUUUAAUUCCCUAUCUAACACAAACUGGAAAGCGACCGAAUAAUUAAUGUAUGCAAGGACAGCUGCAAGUAACCAACCAACCAAGCGAAGCAUUUAAAUGGUCGCGAUUUCAGAAGUAGAAUAGUUUGCUGAGAGGGUAACUUUACGGUCAGACCUCGUCCACUCGUACUGUUCUACUUGGUGUGUAAAGUUCUGAGGGACCGAAAAAGGCUGGUGAAAUGGCGGAAACCAAAAUAAUCUACCACAUAGACGAGGAGGAGACGCCGUAUCUGGUGAAGAUCCCUAUUACUUCGGAAGACAUAACACUUUUGGAUUUCAAACAAGUUUUGAACAAGCCGAAUUAUAAAUUUUUCUUCAAAUCUAUGGAUCAGGAUUUCGGUGUGGUGAAGGAAGAGAUUUCGGAUGACGCCGCCAAACUACCUUGUUUCAAUGGGAGAGUUGUGUCAUGGCUGGUAUCCUCAGACAGUCCCCUUGCGGAGCCCCCUCGUCCCCCGGUGGAGGUCUGUACGGAGUCCUCUCCUCCCCCUUCCCCCCUGCCUCCCCUACCGGUGGAGAGGACAGGGGGCAUCGGAGACUCCAGACCCCCGUCAUUCCAUCCCAAUGUGGCGGGUAGUGUUGAGAACCUGGAUGAGUGUACCGAGACAGAGUCAGUGGUGUCAUUCAGAAGGGAGAAGCCCAGACGGAGGGAAAGCAUGGAGCAGCAUGGGCCGCGGAUGAACGGUCAGAGCCGUCGGGAGCGCCACCUGGCAGGCUACGAGAGUGCCUCCACCAUCAUGAGCAGCGAGCUGGACACCACCAGCUUCUGUGACUCGGACGAUGACACCAUGAGCAGGUUCAGCAGCACCACAGAACAGAGCACAGCCUCUAGGCUACUGAAGCGCCACCGCAGACGCCGGAAGCAGCGUCCCACCAGGCUGGAGAGGGCGUCGUCGUUCAGCAGUGUGACAGACUCCACCAUGUCCCUUAACAUCAUCACUGUUACACUCAACAUGGAUAAAUACAACUUCUUGGGCAUCAGUAUCGUGGGUCAGAGCAACGAGAGGGGUGAUGGGGGUAUCUACAUCGGCUCCAUUAUGAAGGGAGGGGCUGUGGCUGCUGAUGGGCGGAUCGAACCAGGAGACAUGCUGCUACAGGUGAACGACAUCAACUUUGAGAACAUGAGUAAUGACGAUGCUGUCCGUGUGCUGAGAGAGAUUGUACAUAAACCUGGACCUAUUAUCCUGACAGUGGCUAAAUGCUGGGACCCGUCACCCCAGGGCUACUUCACCCUCCCACGCAUGUACACCCCCAUUGUUCUUCCAGAUGAGCCGAUCCGGCCCAUAGACCCGGCUGUGUGGGUGAGCCAUUCUGUGGCCCUGACAGGGGCCUAUCCUCCCUACCCCGGCAGCUCCUCUCUCAGCACCAUCACCUCCAACUCCUCGGUGACCGAGACAGAGCGUGAGUCCCUCUGCCUGUCUUUGGCCCACAAAGGUUUUGAUGACUUCAACCUGUCCCUCCACUCUGACAUGGCGUCGGUGGCGAAGGCCAUGGCCUCCCCAGAGUCUGGUCUGGAGGUUCGGGACAGGAUGUGGCUCAAGAUCACCAUCCCCAAUGCCUUCCUUGGUUCUGAUGUGGUGGAGUGGCUCUACCAACACAUUGAGGGCUUCCAGGACCGUCGUGAAGCCAGGAAGUAUGCCAGUAACUUGCUGAAAGCUGGCUUCAUCCGCCACACGGUCAACAAGAUCACCUUCUCAGAGCAAUGCUAUUACAUUUUCGGUGACUUCAGCGACUGUGAGAACUACAUGGCAAACCUCUCCCUGAAUGACAACGACGGUUCUAGUGGGGCCUCAGACCAGGACACCCUGGCCCCCCUGCCCCUCCCGGGGGCCACACCCUGGCCCCUGAUGCACACGUUCCCCUCCUACCAGUACACCUCCAACCCCUACUCCAGCCAGCCGCCCCCCUACCACGAGCUUUCCAGCUACAGCUACGCGCCAGGCAGCACAGGGAGCCAGCAUAGUGAGGGGAGCCGGAGCAGUGGCUCCACCCGAAGCGAGGGAGAGAGACGGAGGGGAGGAAAAGGCGGAGGAGGGGUGGGCAGUACUAGCGGCCGGGAUGAGAAGUCACCGGUAGGCGGAGACGGCAGGGACUCUCGCUCAGGAAGCGGCAGCGAAUCAGAGUAUUCUGUACGGAGCAGCCUGAGGAGGGGGGAACACGGAGGCUCGGCCACCCCCAGUGAACACAGCCACUAUAGCCACGUCAGCCAGCGCUCACACCACCGCGCACCCCCUCCACACCUCCAAUUCCCACAGGGCAUACCCCUUUCAUACAACCCCAUGAUGCUUAUGAUGGUCCCCCAGCACCCCCAUCACCCUCACGUGCACCCACACACCCUCCAGGGCCUGGGGCAGACAGGGCCCUCGAUGCCGGGCCUGCCCCCUGGCACCACCCCCGGGGGACCUCCAGGGGCACCCCCAACCCGUGACCUGGGCUCUGUGCCCCCAGAGCUCACCGCCUCGCGCCAGUCCUUCCACCUUGCCAUGGGAAAUCCCAGUGAGUUCUUUGUGGACGUCAUGUAGGAGUGGAGACACUACAGAGGGUUGAGUCGCAAAUGGCACCUAAUUCCCUACAUAGUACACUACUUUUGACCUGAGUCCAAUGAGCCCUGGUCAAAAGUAGUGCCCUCUGGGACUGACCCAGAGGCUGUAUAUGGGGAAGUUGGUGUCCAGAAUCAGAAGGAUGCACGCUGCAGCAUAAGGCAACAUUAGAGUGGUACCAGCAACAUUCACAAGGUGCUUUGAUUCAUUUGAACUCUUGGAAAGCUUUAAGAGCCUAAACCCAGCCCAGACCAUUGUCUCUCUUUGUGAUGUUAUUGGUUAACCAAGGUUUUAUUAGGUGUCUCAUCUGACAGGAAUCAGUUACCUUUAGAUGUUUACCUAUCUCUGCCUUAUCUUACAAGCUGGUAAACAUCUAGAGGAAGCAAAGAUGAGUAAUUCCUGUCAGCUCAAGAUUCACCGAAUAAAAACCUUAAAUUGAGCUUCAUCAAGGGUAAUGGGAAUACCUACAUUUCUUUGUUGUUCAGACAGGAACAUAGGUCAUUAUUAUGUCAAUUUGUAUGAUAUGAAAACAGAAUACAUUUCACUUCAUCAAGUAAUUGUACAUAAUUCAAUGUGCCACGCCAUUACGACCACUGUCACAUAGCUGUGAUCAUGUUUCUAAACAUGUCACACACGUCACUCAUAGUGAUAUGGAGCAUAGUACUACUAUAGCCUACUUAGGAGGUUAAUUGAUGUGGUGUUCUUGGAAUAUGGUACUAAAACACUACCAGCUGGAGAAGAAAAGUGUUGUAUACAUGCAUCUGUUAAUUGAAAUGGAUGAAUUCAUGCAUUCACAUUUGAUCUACUGAUAACCAGCAGUAGGAAUGUUUAUUUUUUAUGAGAAGCGCUGUUGGGUUUGUGUUGAUAUGCACUCACGCUCAGGGCCUGUAUUCACAAAGCAAGUAGGUAGGCUGAUCUAGGAUCAGGUGCCGCCGUCCAUGUAACCGUAUUCAUUAUGAUUUGACAAGACUCUGAUAUGAUUGAAUAAGGGCCCAGAUAUUGUGGAGGCCUCCUGUCCUCUGCAGUAACUGGUGAGCCCCCUGAUACAUUUGUGAUUUGCACCUUACUGGUCAGUCAGCUUGAUGCAGUGUGUGAAUUGGGCCGGUACACACAGGUACUGAUUACUGGCCACUCUUUUUUUUAAUAUUGGCCUAAAUAUAUGAUGAGUACUGACACCCAAAAUGACUACCGUACCAGCACUUAUUUCAGUUCACUUCAAACACUGGGUGGAUGACUGGGAGAUGGAAGCUGGUACAGACCGACAGACUGAAGUAUUUGGGAUAGCAGUUGGUGAGGGUCAAAGAAUGUAGUCUGGCUAAACCAGACAAUGCUAUGCUCUCACCAUUGUUUGAGUGCUGCAUUCAGUCUGGUUUAACCACGCUACAAAGAAUGAAAAAGAAGCAAAUACAAAAUAGUUUAUAUAGCUCUGAUCUCACACUCCUACCCACAUUUUGUUUUUUAACUGAGUGACAUACACAUUUUUUAUGUAUACGUUUAUAUAAUUGUAUUAAAUGUGCUUGAUGACGAAUAGUUAUGCUUCUUAGUAUGGCACAGUCAGUAAUGCAUUGUCAUAUUUGCUUGUUUGUCACUUGUUCAUUUGAGUCAUUUAGCGGACACUCUUAUCCAGAGAGACUUAGUCAGUCCAUUCAUCUUAAGAUGGCGCAGGUGGAACAACCACAUAUCAGUCAUAGUAAGUACAUUUCUCCUCAAAGUAGCAAAGUCCGAGCUGGUAAGGGGGAAAUUGCAAUUGUAUUAGUGUUUUCCCCCUUAUUUGUAGAUAGCAAUUUUGUGUAUAAGCCUCAAUUGUAAUUUAUAACUGAACUUCAAUGAUGGUUGCAAAAAAAAAAAUUUGACACUUAUUUAAUUGUUUUUAGAAGAAGCCUAAUUUGGCUUUUGACGCUGUCCUUGAAUAAAAUAAAAUAUGGUUAUUUUACUGAACAAAAAUAGAAAUAACAAUUUUAAGAUUUUGCUCAGUUGAAGUUCAUGUAAGGAAAUCAGUCAAUUGAACUAAAUAAAUUGAGUCCUACUCUAUGGAUUGUGGACCUGGGAGGUCAUAGGUCCAUCCACUUGGGAGCCAGGCCCAAAUCAAAUGUAUUUGUCAAAUGUGGCGAAUACAACCGGCUUACUUACAUACAAGCCCUUAACCAACAAUGCAGUUGAAGAAAUAGUCAAAAUAUUUACUAAAUUGAAUUUAAAAAUAAGUAACAAGAAAAUUACAUUGAGGCUAUAUACACAAGCGGUACAGGUACAGAGUCUAUGUGCGGGGGGUACAGGUUAGUCGAGGUAAUUUGUAAAAAGUGACAAUGUAUAGAUAAUAAACAGCGAGUAGCAGCGGCGUAAAAACAAAAGCAGGGGUAGCCAUUUGAUUAAUUGUUAAACAGUCUUACGGCUUAGGGGUAGAAGUUGUUAAGGAGCCUUUUGGUCCUAGACUUGGUUCUUCGGUACCGCUUGCCGUGCGGUAGCAGAGAGAACAGUCUAUGACUUGGGUGGCUGGAGUCUUUGGCAAUUUUUAGGGCCUUCCUCAGACAUCGCCUGGUACAGAGGUCCUGGAUGGCAGGAAGCUUGGCCCCAGUCCUGUAGCGUAGCAUCCGUGUCAUCUGACCACUUAUGUAUUGAGCGAGUCACUGGUACUUCCUGCUUUAGUUUUUGCUUGUACACAGGAAUCGGAAGGAUAAAAUUCUGGUCAAAUUUGGCAAAAGGAGGGAGAGGUUUGUAUGCGUGUGUGGAGUAAAAGUGGUCUAUAGUUUUAUUUUUUUCCAGUGAAGGAAAAUCUUAAUUUCACUAGAUUUUGUGCAUCUAACUUUGUGGCAACAGUUUGGGGAAGGCUUUUUCAGCUUGAUAAUGCCCCCAUGCACAAAGCGAGGUCCAUACAGAAAUGGUUUGUCAAGAUCGGUGUGGAAGAACUUGACUGGCCUACACAGAGCCCUGACCUCAACCCCAUCGAAAACCUUUGGUAUUAAUUGGAACGCAAACUGCAAGCCAGGCUUAAUCACCUAACAUCCGAGCCCGACCUCACUAAUAGUCGUGGCUGAAUGGAAGGUAGUAAGUCCCCACAGCAAUGUUCCAACAUCUAGUGGAAAGCCUUCCCAGAAGAGUGGAGGCUGUUGGAGCAGCAAAGGGGGAACCAACUCCAUAUUAAUGCCCAUGAUGAGAUGUUUGACGAGCAGGUGUCCACAUACUUUUGGUCAUGUAGUGUAUCGGUACACUCGUUAACUUAAGCAUAACGUAACUUCUAUUUGAUCAAAUAAGCCUCACGCAGCAAAUAAGCUAUUACAUUUUUUUGUUGACCAAAUUUGACACUCAUUGACAUAUAAAAACUCCUUGCUUGGUGAGAGAAAAAAACACCACCUGCUGGAGAAGACAGAUUUUGGGCCCAGUUAUCCCCCUCGCUUUGCCUCUUACUCUCUGGCAACUUCACUAUUGAUUUUCUAGAUUCAGGUUCACUCAAACAUUUUAAGCAUUGUUUUUCAACUGAUAGUUACAGCUGAUCUGGGGAUUUUAUAUUGAUUCACUUCUUAAAUAUGUCAUCUGAUGUAUUAGUUUCUACGGAAGUCCGGAGAGGACAUGUGAAUAACAAAAUAUACACUGAACAAAUGUAUAAACGCAACAUGUAAAGUGUUAGUGCCAUGUUUCAUGAGCUGAAAUAAAAGAUCCCAGAUGUUUUC